GUGAGACAACGCAAGAGGGGCCAACGUGCCAAGGUGUGAGAUAGGUGUGACAUUGGUGGGCGCAAAAGGGGCCAACGCGCCACCUCCCUUCGGCACGUUGGCCCCUUCUGCAGGCGCCCCGACACAAUAGCGCACUCGUUGGCCCCUCAUUCAGCAAGCCAGGUCGCCGAGCUCCUGCGUCCCAAUCGCAGCUGCACAGGGACAACGAGUCACUAAGACUCUUCCGUUUAGACAGAGGUGCUAAGUCGCCACAUACCUGUGGCUUGACUGCUAGUUUUACCUUAGGGAGGUAUACUUUGCACCCUAUCUUUCGCGCUCCUUCCUUUGUCGAUCCUAGCCCCACCGCGGGCGUACCUUACCAAGGACUAAAUUGAUACAAGGGUCCUGAGCGGCCCCUAGUAGCAGCGUAUUUUCCUUGGGCGCUCGCCGUCGGCUAAGGCGGCAAGCAGCCACGAUGGGGCGUCUUUCAGUCGCCCUCGCCGUGGCGGUGGCGCUCCUGGCGGUCCUGCCAGGAGGCGUUCUAUCGCAGUCGUCUCCUUACGACUACAUCUCGUCUCGGUCGGACAUGACCUUCAUGAAGAAGUGCAUUGAUAACCUGCUGCCGAAGAACAAGCAGCCCUGGACUGCUACGUCGAACAAGGCGCUGACCAUGUUCUUGGUCACCGACGACGGCUUCCGCACUACCUUCAGCGGCCUCAACAUUCGGACGACUCUGGGCACUGACCCCGAGAGGUUCUGCACUGUCGUCACCAAGAAGAUGAACAACACUCGUAACGCCAUCUUCAAGUACCACGUCCUGGCGGCCAACCUGGGCGCCCGCACCCGCGCCCAGCUGCCCGGUAACUGCCCCGUGGGCCCUGACGGCCUGCCCGGCUGCCCCUACAACACCCAGGCGGGUGGCAAGAACCUGCUUGACGUGAUCACUGUGGCUGAGGCUGACGACGUGGUGGGCACUGAUAAGACCUACCUGAUUGGUGGCGUGGACGCUAACUACGCCGACUACAUCAAGUUCCCCAACGGCACCAACGACUACGACCGGGCCGUCAAGGGCCGGAUUCUGCACUCCAUCAACGCGCUGCUGGUGCCGACCCGCUACGUGCCCAUUCCUAGGUCGCCCUCGCCUUCGCCCGCCCCGAAGCCGUCGCCGAAGCCGGCGCCCACCCCCUCCCCCGCGUCAUCGCCUGGCCCGGUUAUCUCAUCUUCUCCCUCUCCUCCCCCUCCCCCGUCACCCCCUCCCCCGUCGCCUCCCCCUCCCUCGCCCCCUCCCCCCGCUCCUCCGCCACCGUCGCCUCCUCCCCCGAACCCCCCUCCCCCGAGCCCCCCUCCUCCCCCUGGCGUUGCCUCCCCCUCUCCCCCCCCUUCUCCUGCUCCUUCCCCCAACCCUCCCAGCCCUGCCCCUCCUCCUUCCCCUUACGCUGGCUUCGCCUCCAUCUAUGACUUCGUGUCCCAGCGCGUGGCGGAUCUGUCGCGCAUGAAGACAGCGAUCGACAACGUCAAGCUGACCGCCAGGCUCAGCGACCCCGCCCUGGCCUGGACCUGCUUUUUCCCCGAGGACACGUCCAUCUCCUGGGGCCUCAACUGGCCCGGCACUGCUCGCAACUACGCUGAGCAGGGUGCUUUCGUCGCGAGCUGCAUUGCGAACCCGGCCUUCGCUCCCACAUGCAACACCUCGGUCAUCGAGUACACUGGUGUGAUGACAAACGUGAUUCUGCAGCAGUGCACCCCCGCCGCUCUGAUCACCACCAGCAACUGGGUUAACAGCACCACCAACUACACCACCGUGGCUCCUUUCGGUGGCCUCACCAUCUUCCGCAGCUCCAACCUAGCCAACGCGACCUUCUGGGUUGCCUCCAAGUUCGACCCGAACCCCCAGCCCAUCUCGGGCGUCCUGGCAGCCAACAACGUCACCUCGACCGGCCUGAUUGUCAUCCGCAAGCGUGACAACUUCGUCGGCCAGUCGGUUGUGCAGGUUGUGACCUCGUUCACCGGCAACUACGCCGCGGCUCCUCCUCCGCCUCCUCCCCCGUCGCCGGUCCCGCCCUCGCCUGCUCCUCCCCCGAUCGCUUACGGCUCCAUCACCAGCGCCAUCAACGGUGUCGCUGGUCUGCAGAUUACUCGCCAGCUGAUCUCGAUCUUCAACCUGACCGCGAAGGUCAACGCCCUGGCCGGCACCACCUGCUACUUCCCCAGCAACCAGGCUUGGGCUCUGUUCGGCAACAACGUCAACGACCUGGGCGCCUUCGUCAACGUGACUGCCAAUGGCACCGCCGUGCCGCUGUCCAGCCGCCGCCUGCUGAGUGCCAUGGAGGACGGCGACAACCUGCAGUUCUGCGUGCCCUCGCACGGCUUCUGCGCCAUGGCCAGCACCGUGCCUCUGCGCCGCAUGCUGAUCAACAUCCCCAACCGUUUCAACGCCACCCAGUUCCUUGACCUGCUGGCCUGGAACGUUACGGUGGAGCCCUCUGGCGUUGCCUCCAUGCCCGUCUUCAAGGCUCAGAUCCUGGCGAACACCAUUCUGUCGGGCUGCUACAACCCGCCCACCGCCCCCGGCUCGCAGAACGUCGGCAAUGCCGUGCGCAAGCUGGUUGACACCGACAACUUCGCCUGGGAGACCGCUUUGGGCUGGUCUGUGGACGUCGGCAUUGUCGUGCAGAAGACCCCCUACACCGGCACUUGCGGCAACAACGUGACUGUGACUGGCACCGCCACCUCCGGCGCCGCCAUCAACCUGCCCAACGUUGACCUGGAGAACCUGGGCUACUGCACCCAGUGCACGACCUACGACAAUGACACCAUGCUGUACUCAGGCUGCUCGUUCACCGUGUACUCCAUCUCCACCGGCGGUGCCUCUGGCUUUGAUACCGUUAACGGUGUCCAGCAGAUCACCACUCUGGGCUACAGCCGUGGCCGCAGCCCCGUGGCCUACUGGGUGCCCCACGACAUCGUGGUCGGCACCUACGACAACCCCACCGGCUACGUGCAGCUGAUCGACCGCAUCAUCCUGUCUCCCCGCCUGCCUCCUCCUCCCCCCUCGCCCCUGCCGCCCAGCCCGCCCCCGGCGCCCUUCCCGCCGCCGCCGUUCACUGGCCUGCGGCCGCUGCUGGAGGGCAACUCCAACUUCAACGACUGCGCCGCCAAGCUGUUCGCCGCCACCAACUACUACCCGUACGUGGAGCAGUUCGACACCUCGGGCUGGACGCUGUUCAUCCCCACCGAUGACGGCUGCCAGGCUGCCCUGACUGCCUACGACCCGGCCACGUACAACGGCAACCUCACCCAAAACGUGAACACUGCCAUCUCGAACGGCUACGCGCGCACCUUGGUGAAGAACAUGCUGGUCGUGAACGCUUACCUGUCGUCAGGCUCUAUCAACAACCUCACCACCGCCGUGACCGACCAGGGUCUGUACGGCAACACCACCGUCGGCACCAACACCCUGACCUUCCUGAAGACCUCGGUGAUAUCCGUGUCGCAGCAGUACCCCGGCUUCCCCAAGAUGACCUCGAACAUCACCAUCGCCGACAUCCCCGUGCAGCGCAACCCCAACGCCCUGGGCGGCGUGGGUCUGGCCGGCUACGUCCAGAUGACCACCAUGCUGUUCACCCCCCCGCUUGCCUUCCAGGCGCAGUCUCCUCCUCCCUCGCCCGCUCCCCCGCUGCCUCCUCCGUCUCCCCCGCUGCCCCCUCCCCCUGUCGCCUUCCCCAACGGCUUCCAGGACUACCUCAACGCCAACCCCGAGCUGUCGAUCCUCAACGCCCUGCUGUCCUGCACCAACAGCACCACCACAAUCCAGAACCUGCUCAACCAGGGCGCCCAGUACACGCUUCUGGCGCCUACCGACACUGCCUUCUCAUCCUUCUUCAGCAGCAACAACAUCGGCGGCAACUGGCGCGACGUGCUGUGCAACACCACCAACGGUCAGAACACCAAGACUGCCCAGCUGCUGGCUGUGCACGUCAUCGCUGGUGCGAACUUCGCUGUUAACAUCACCGCCAACAACAACACGGCCGCCAACCUGUACAACUACGCCUUCAGCGCUGGUUUCAAGAUCCAGCUCCUCAACCUGGGCGGCGUGUACACCGUGCGCCAGCAGAUGCCCAUCACCAGCCAGACCUUCGUGGCUGGCAAGUACGACAACGCCAUCAACGGCACCGCUGCCGUGGCGCACAUGAUCACCGCUGUCCUGGCCCUGCCCGUGCCCUUCCCUCCCCCGCCUCCUCCUCCCCCUCCCCCGGGCAACGGCCCCGCCGGCGCUGCCGCCGUGUCUGUCUACGUUGGUCUGCGCAACGAGCCCGAGGCUGCCCUGUUCGUCAACCUGGUGGACAAGUUCAACGUCACCCUGCCCAGCGGCGUGUCCACUCCUGCCACCGCCUACCUGAACACCCCCGACACUGUGGCCACGGUGCUGGUGCCCUCGGUCAACGCCAUGAACGGCUUCUUCAGCCGCAUUGCCUUCAGCGGAACCCCCAUGAGCUACGCCGACUGCAUUGCCCCCACUGGUGGCGCCAACGUCGUCGCUGCCAAGACUGCUGUGUGCGCGGCCAUUGUCCAGUUCGCUGUCCUGCCCGGCGCCCAGUUCCUGCCCUCGUUCAUCCCCGCAACCUACAACGUCUCUGGUGCCGCGACUGUGGGUGUGUCUGACGCCGCCUCCAUGUACGCUGCCCUCGGCAACGUGACCGGCUACGGCGCCACGACCGCCUCCAAGCUGUACUACAAGCUGAACACCACGCCCCCGGUCAACGCCGCUACCCUGGCGUUCCAGACCACCACCAACCCUCCUUGCGUCGGCAUCGCUUCCAACAUCAAGGGUCCCAUCCCUGCCGGCGUGCCCAACUUCCUGUCCAAGCUCCAGGGCAUGAUCUACGUGGUCAGCCAGGUGCUGUUCCCCAAGGAGGCGUACGACAUCGCCGUUAACGCUGGUGCCACGUUCUCUGGCUGCCCGUAAACGAGCAUGUCUUCGGACAUAGAUUAAGUUGAGAGUUUAGAAAGACAGAACAGAUGGGGAUGGCGGGUUAAGUGCUCUGCUAUUGGACAGGGUUUCUGACCUAGCUGCGGGCAUAACAGGGGUACGCUAUAUGGGUAGUCCCGUAUGGGAAACGUGAGGGCUAGCAGGCUGAUCAAGCCCUGGUUGUGCGUGUGUGGAGUGGGGCGGCUUAAUCGUGCGAAGUAGAUGAGGCCGGCUUGCAAUGAUUGCAUGCAAUGCUCGAGCCCAGAGGCAGCUGCGGCAUUGGUAAUUGGGCUUUGCGCGCGCGGUGUUGGCUUGGUCUGUUGUGCCAGCGGGCUGUGAUGAGUGGGGUGGCGGCUAGGAUGGAGCAUCAGGCGUGCGCGCGGUGACACCAUUCUGAUUAGACGAUGAUUAAUUUCUACCCGCCCGUUACCAUGCGCGCUGCGACCGAUUGCAACUGAUUCUUUCCCUGAUUCGCGAAAGCACCACUUGAUCUCUCAAUAGUGAACAAAUUGCCGGAACCCAGGCGAACGCUGCGAUACCGUGGGCUGUGCCUCCGGCUGUAAUCAGUUUGAUGA